AUGUCCUUUCCUAACGCCAUCGUGACAUGGCAGUGCCCGCGGCGACCGUCCCCUGUGGUGGAGGUUCUUCAGAGCUGCCCAAACCUUCUUGACUAUCUGUGCGACGUGUCUAGUGCGGAGCAAAUGCGGCGGCCGCCUAGUCCGCACCGCAAAUUGUUUAUUCUUUUCCCUGGUAACCCGGGCAUGGUGCACUUUUACGAGCGUUUUGUAGAGCUCAUGUCAAUGCGGCGUUUUGACGUUCUUGUGAUGGGUUUUGCCGGGCACAGCUUGGUGGAUCAAAACAAUGGUAGGCUAUUUGACUUACAGGAUCAGGUGGAGACCGCGGAGCACUUUCUAAAUACGGUGCUCAGUUCAUACGCGAUUAAGUGGUAUGGUAGCCACAUAUACAUUGGCGGCCACAGCAUUGGCGCUUUUGUUGCAAUGCAAAUGCUACCUCGCUUUUCAUGUAUUAAACGCUGCUUCUCACUCUGUGGUGUGAUCUCGAAGAUUCAGGCGUCGCCUAACGGUAAACGCUUGUUUUUCAUAGGCGGUAGUGCGAUUGUGUAUGCGAUUGUGACCUACUUUAUUGCAUCGUUGCUGUGGAUGCCGAAGGUGCUCUUCUCCUUGGUGCUGCGAUGGCAAGCUCCAGAGUUGUCACCCUCACUCCGACAGCUUAUGACGAGGCAUUUGAACCGCAGCGCCCUCAUGAAUUGUUUCACCAUGACUAGGCAUGAGUUUUUCCAGGUGCGUGAUCUUGAUCGACCACUACUGAAGGCGGUGGAGGGGCGAAUGGUGUUUUACUACGUUCCAGAAGACAAAUGGGUACCACCGCUGCACGCGUACGAAGUAAAGGAGGCAUGCGGAGGGAGUGCCGUUUUCGUGAUGGAGUCUGACACCACUGUAGCCCAUUCAUGGUGCCUUACCCACAAUGAAACUGUCAUUGAGAAUGGUAUAUUACCUUUUCUCUGA